CUGCAACUGGUUAAUUGAUAACACAAGAUAAUUGUUCUUCAUACCAGUAGAACAGUUCACUCCACGCCCUCCCAAAGAUGGCUACAGCUCAGGGUAACAGAGAUGACGAGAAAAGCCUUCAAGCCAAAAUUACAGAACAUUUUAUCAGCUGUCCAUUAUGCCUUGAGGAGUAUAAAGAGCCGACAGAUUUACCAUGUAGGCAUACAUUUUGUAAAGGUUGUCUGAAGACUUAUAUAACUGACUUAACACCAGGAAGUAAAUUCAGAUGUCCAAUGUGUCAGAAAGAAACUGAAGUUCCUAAAGAUGGACUUGAGGGCUUCACUCAUAAUUUCUACAUUGAAAGCUUGCAGGACACUGUACUUCAGUCAACACAUAAGAAAACGUGCAGCUCUUGUGCUUUGGUGUCCCCAAAAGAAACAGUAGCUUCAUCAAAAUGUAUCACCUGCCAUGACUACCUAUGUGAGAAGUGUUCUCCAUUCCACUGUGGUACCAAGUUCACAAAAGACCAUAAAGUGCUCACUUUCCAACAGCUGAAGAGCAAAAAGUACCAAAGAGAGAUCCAAGAGCAUCAAAAGAUUAUCUGCUCAGAACACAAAGAUGAGAUGAUAAGGUACUUUUGUUCUGAUUGUAAUGUCCCCAUUUGUCGUGACUGCAGAGAACUACACCAUGAUGGUCACAAACUUCUCUCUCUUGAAAAAGCUGCAGAGAUUGUAAAACCGAAACUAGAGACUAAAUGUCAUUACCUUGAAAGAAAAUUAGCAAAAGGAGAAAAAUCACUAGUUAACAUUGAUUACACACUGGCAACCCUCUUAGAAAAUGAAAGCUCUGUUCAGCAGCAGAUAAAAGCUCGUGCAGCUCAUCUACGUCAACUCAUAGAUCAACGCGAGAAGACCUUACUACAGGAGCUUCAUGAAACCAGCAGCACUCACUGGAAGAAUUUACAAAUUACCCAUGAGAACUGCAGUGCCACUUGCUCCUCUAUCAAAACCACCAAAGAUGUAGUAAAGAACAUCCUUCAGCAUGGUGCCCCCAUAGAUGUCCUCAUGUUACAACACCAACUUGGACAGAGACUAGAUGAACUACAGUUCACUUCAGUUGUAGACAAAAUUCCCGAGGAAAUAAACCUCAAACUCACCACCACCACAAAAGUGGACCAAGAGAUAUCCAGUGGGGCUGGCCUGGGGAAUUUGCAGAUUUCUAGACAACCAGCUUUGCCUAAGUUCAAACCACAGGCUGAAUGUAUGCUGGAGUUUGACACUGACAUGAUACCAGUGGACAUUUCAGCAAGUCCCAACAGGGAGUAUGUUACUACCAAUAGCAUCAAAAACAAGGUCAAGAUUUUCAGUUCAAAUGGUACAUUCAGAAAAGCGAUCACCAGUGUCUCACACACACAGCUGAAAUGUCCAGUAGGGAUCUGUCACUUCCCUGAUGGAAAGAUGGUUCUCGCUGGUGUCAAAAAUAACAAACUGUUUAUCUUGUCACCACAUUGGGAAGUACAGCAAACUGUAGAUGUCAACAACCCAUGUGGUGUGGCUCUCAAUGACAACUGCACUAAGAUUGCUGUGGCACAGGGUGACAUAGAAAAGUCUGUGAGUGUGUUCAGUAUUGAUAUCAACGGGAAAAUAACUUUAACUGAUGUGAUAAAGGACAAAGAUGGGGAGCAGUUGUUCAAUUCACCAUAUAAAGUGGCAUAUAUGAGCAAUGGGUGCCUUGUUGUUAGUGACAGAUCACCAAACAAACUUCACAUCCUAACCCCACCUGGUGACCCACUGCAUCAGUACACAGGACCUGAUAACAAGUUAGGUCAACCUCGUGGUGUCUGUGUUGAUGCAUAUGACAACAUACUGGUUACAGACUGUGAUAAACACUGCAUACACCUUGUAUCCCCAGAUGGGAAGUUCAUUAAGUACAUAGCAACCAAAGCUGAUGGACUAUAUAAACCAUGGGCAUGUACCAUCAACCAAGAUGGAGAUCUGGUUGUGACUGAACUUGAUGGGAAAGUGAAAGUAUUCCAAUACUUGUGAAAAUGACAUGCUUUAAAACAUUCAGAAAACUGAACUGUUUGUCAUAUGUUAAGUAAGUCAUAUUUAAAGAUGUUCAUUUUAAGGCUAUCUAAUGUGUUAUGAAAAUAAUUAGAGAAUUGUCUGAAGUACCAGGAAGAAAUGAUAUUUGGUUUUGCAUUAUAAAUUAUGUGCUUAAUGUGUAUUACUUGAAUGACACCUGCUUCUUCAGUGUAUGGAUAUCAAUCAUGCUCCAAAUAACAUGAGGUCUGCAAAUCAAAUGGUUCGUAGUUGAACUAAAAUCCCUUUAAA